AAAAGAAAGGUGAAUGACCUCAAUGGAAGACUCCCAGGAUCUAAGUGAACAGUCAGUGAAGAAGCCGUGUCCAGAGUCCGAUGGUUCAGAGCCACAGAAUCCCAGGUCUAUGGAAAUGCAGGAUCUAGCCAGUCCUCAUAAUCUUGUUGGAAGUAGUGAUGCACCAGGUAGUUCCAAAUUGGAUAAAUCUAAUCUCAGUAGCACAUCAGUCACAACAAAUGGAACAGGAGGAGACAACAUGACUGUGUUAAAUACUGCAGACUGGUUGCUGAGUUGCAGUACUCCCUCCUCUGCAACAAUGUCUCUUCUUGCAGUCAAAACAGAACCCAUGAACAACAGUGAAACAGCAACAACAACUGGAGAUGCAUCGCUUGACACUUUUACUGGGUCAGUAAUAACAAGUAGUGGCUACAGUCCCAGAUCAGCGCACCAGUACUCUCCACAGAUAUAUCCCUCCAAGCCCUAUCCGCACAUUCUUUCUACACCAGCAGCUCAAACAAUGUCUGCCUAUGCCGGACAAGCGCAGUAUUCGGGAAUGCAGCAGCCCGCGGUGUACACGGCCUACUCACAGACAGGACAGCCCUACAGCCUGCCCACCUACGAUUUGGGUGUAAUGUUGCCAGGCAUCAAGACGGAAAGUGGGCUCUCGCAGACCCAAUCUCCUCUGCAGAGCGGGUGCCUCAGUUACAGCCCAGGGUUUUCCACCCCACAGCCAGGCCAAACACCCUACUCCUACCAGAUGCCAGGUUCUAGUUUCACACCAUCGUCCACUAUUUAUUCAAACAAUUCUGUUUCGAAUUCUACAAACUUCAGUAGUUCACAACAGGAUUAUUCUUCAUACACAGCUUUUGGCCAAAAUCAGUAUGCACAGUAUUACUCAGCAUCAACAUAUGGUGCAUAUAUGACCUCAAACAACACGGCUGAUGGCACUUCAUCAUCAUCAACUUACCAAUUACAGGACUCUCUCCCUGGCUUGACUAGUCAACCAGGUGCAGAUCUACAUUCAGGAGAGUUUGACACAGUGCAGAGCCCCUCCACGCCAAUCAAAGAUCUUGAUGAGAGAACAUGUAGGAGUUCUGGGUCAAAGUCUCGGGGUAGAGGGCGGAAGAAUAAUCCAUCACCCCCUCCGGACAGUGACUUGGAGCGUGUAUUUGUUUGGGAUUUGGAUGAAACAAUCAUAGUUUUUCAUUCGCUGCUUACAGGAUCCUAUGCACAGAAGUAUGGCAAGGAUCCACCCAUGGCAGUGACCCUUGGACUACGAAUGGAAGAAAUGAUUUUUAAUCUUGCUGACACACAUUUAUUUUUUAAUGACUUAGAGGAAUGCGAUCAAGUUCAUAUAGAUGAUGUUUCUUCAGAUGAUAAUGGACAAGACCUAAGUACCUACAGUUUUGCAACUGAUGGCUUCCAUGCAGCUGCAAGUAGUGCAAACCUUUGUCUGCCAACAGGUGUAAGAGGAGGGGUUGACUGGAUGAGGAAGCUGGCUUUCCGUUACAGAAGAGUAAAAGAGUUGUAUAAUACUUACAAGAACAACAUAGGAGGACUCCUGGGUCCCGCUAAAAGAGAUGCAUGGUUGCAAUUAAGAGCAGAGAUUGAAGCUCUGACGGAUUCCUGGCUUACAAAUGCACUUAAAUCAUUAUCAAUUAUCAGCACAAGGAGUAAUUGUGUAAACGUGUUGGUAACAACAACCCAGCUUAUCCCAGCACUUGCAAAAGUUCUACUAUACAGCUUAGGUGGAGCUUUUCCUAUUGAAAAUAUAUACAGUGCAACCAAAAUAGGAAAAGAAAGUUGCUUUGAACGAAUAAUGCAAAGGUUUGGCAGAAAAGUAGUAUAUGUUGUAAUUGGGGAUGGUGUAGAAGAAGAACAGGCAGCAAAAAAGCACAACAUGCCUUUCUGGAGGAUAUCCAGUCAUUCGGACCUCUUGGCUCUCCAUCAAGCACUGGAACUAGAGUAUUUGUAG